UUUCUACCGCCUGCCAUGGCUUCUUGAAGCACUACCUGGGGAGAAAAGUCGAGGGGAAAAACGCUUCUCUCUCUCUUUUAUUCGCGGCUGCUUUAAUAUUGUCCCAAUGUGACAGGACAUUAGGGGACAGAGCAGCGCGGUUGUAGACACAGCCUGUUGUUGGACUACUUUACUUGAACGUUUUCAGAAAGGGAGGCUACUCGGGUACAUGGAUGAGUGAAGAGGAGCUGAGAAGCUCCCCCGCUGCUUUUAGAGAGUGAGGAGGAUUAGGCUGGAGCUCAGUGGAGGCACGACGGCACUCUCACACGGCAACCGGAGCUGGAGCCAUGAGCAGGGCGCUUACGGAGCACAUCAGCAGUAGCUUCCGAGAAGAUGCUCCUCGUCCUCCGGUACCGGGGGAGGAGGGAGAGGCGUCAUGCUACAACCCCAGCAGAUCUGCCAAAAUGAGAGCCCAGAGCAAGGUUAAAGAUACCCCCGCUGCCGCCGCGCCUCCCGGCUCCACACCGCGGAGGAACGAGGAUGGUCUCGGGGAGCCAGAGGGCAGCGCGUCCCCGGACUCGCCCCUAGUCCGGUGGACAAAGUCUCUGCAUUUUCUCCUGGGCGACCAAGACGGCGCUCACCUCUUCAGGACCUUCUUGGAGCGGGAGAAUUGCGUGGACACUUUGGACUUUUGGUUCGCCUGCAACGGCUUCAGGCAAAUGGACUUAAAGGAUACCAAAACGUUGCGAGUUGCCAAAGUUAUUUUCAAGCGGUACAUCGAGAACAACAGCAUUGUCGCCAAGCAGCUGAAACCCGCCACCAAGACCUUCAUAAGGGAUAGUAUUAAGAAACAACAAAUAGACUCUGCCAUGUUUGACCAGGCACAGACGGAAAUUCAGUCCAACAUGGAAGAGAAUGCAUACCAGAUGUUUUUGACCUCUGACAUAUACCUCGAAUAUGUGCGCACCGGCUGCGAGAACGCGGCGUACAUGAACCACGGCGGUCUCGGCAGCCUCAAGCUGAUGUGCGGAUACCUUCCUCCUCUCAUGGAGGAAGAGGAGUGGAGUUGUAACGACCUGAAGGCAAAAGCAUUAGGGUCUGUGGUUGGACUGUCUGCGAAAACCCUGAGGGCUACUGCUACCAUCCGGACAGCAGCUGAAGUGCUGGAGAACAGUUGCAGGUCCCACCGUCGAGGAGACCCUGCCAGUCCCUACUUUGUCAACUCUGGCUACAUUUUUGCCCCUGCCACCAGUGCCAAUGACAGCGAGAUCUCCAGUGAUGCCACGACAGACGAUUCCAUGUCCAUGACGGACAGUAGUGUAGGACACACCGGCUGCCUAAGGAGAUGACCCCCGUUGAGCCCUCAGCCUUUGCUGCCCAGCUCAUAGCCCGGCUGGAGAAGCUGAAGCGAGAGCAGGACACUAUGAGCUCUUUGGAGGAGAGGCUCCAGCAGAUUCAGGAGGAGGAGGAAAGGGAGGAGAGCAGCGACCCUGCCAGCAGCACCUCCUUGAAUCACCCUCUGCUCCCGUCUGGCAGCCAAUGCGAGGAAGACCCCCAGGCUAUCCUGGACGAGCACCUAUCCCGUGUCCUGAAGACACCUGGCUGCCAGUCACCAGGUGUAAUUCGGCACUCACCGCGCUCAAGCUCCCCGGAUCGGACGGGCGCAGUGGUGUCCUCUGGCCACGGGCCCUUCUUUGGUGCUUAUCCUGGGGCCGCUAAGGUUCUGAUGCCAGGCAGGCCAUCCACAAAGCACAUCCACCACCACUACAUCCACCAUCACCACGCUGGGCCCAAGACCAAGGAGCAGAUCGAGGCCGAGGCGGCUCAGCGUGUGCAGUGCCUCUGCCCUCCAGGGGGCGCCAAUUAUUCCGACUUCACCCCUGCUCGCUGCAGCACUUUGUCCAGACGGCCAGUCAAGGCCACCGAUGAGGGCGUGUCUUCACCGCGCCUUCCCCUAGAUGCCACCGACCGCUCUCAGAAUGUUUGGCAGUGGAUCCUAGAGAGUGAGAGGCAGGGCAAGCACAAGCCAAACAGCACUCAAGGCCUAAAGAAGUCCAACCCACUCGACUCCAAGACUCUGUCCAGUCGGACUCACUCCUCUUGGGGUGGUGGUGGCAUUGGCAGUGGGGCUCACCUCCGUGGCCACCACCCAGGCCAUCCAUUCAUCCAGGACCCGGCCAUGCCACCCUUGCCCCCGCCUAACACCCUGGCACAGCUGGAGGAGGCCUGCCGCAGACUGGAAGAGGUCUCCAAGCCGCCAAAACAGAGGCAAUCAACAGCAGCCAGCAGCAUUCAGAGAGACAGGAGCCAUCCAGCAGCUACCUUCCCCACUGGAGGCAGCCCUCUAGCCAGCCCCGGACUCCAAACAGACGAGUCGAAGGAGCUAGUGGUCACCUACUUCUUCUGUGGUGAGGAGAUCCCUUAUCGCAGCAUGAUGAAGACCCACUGCCUCACCCUGGGACACUUCAAGGAACAGCUUAGCAAGAAAGGCAACUACCGGUACUACUUCAAGAAAGCCAGUGAUGAGUUUGAGUGUGGUGCCGUGUUCGAGGAGGUGUGGGAGGAUGCCACCGUGUUGCCCAUGUACGAGGGCAAGGUCCUGGGCAAGGUGGAGAGGAUGGACUAAAAGCCACUUUGUUGCCAACCAACCGAUGCCCUUCCCCACCCAACCAAAAGCUAAACUGUCCCUAAAAAACUUGAGCAAGAGACUCUUUGUAAUUAACAAACACUCUGGACUCCUUUUUUGUUUUGAUUUUUUUUCUAUUUCUUAAUAUUAAGCUAAACAGAGUUAAUAUAUCCAGCACAAGAGGAGUGAUUGAAGGAAGACGAGCCAAUGAAGUAUGCCGAACCCAGAGGAGGUGCCGCCCCUCCCUGACUUUAUCAACCAAUCAGCCUUAGAAACACAAGGGAAUGACACGAGAGACUUUAAAAGACCAAUACAAGGAUGAUAUUGAUGAUGAUGAUGAUUGGAGGCCAGUGGGGGGGAGACCCCGCCUCUUCUUGAAUAUAACCACUGAAGAUGUAGAUGACUGUUUUGUUGUGAUGUAAUGAGAGACUGAUGGUGCGUUCACGCCGGCUUCCCGGCCGAGUGCAAUGGACUAGCAGGCGCUGAAUACAGUGCCACCAACCUGCUCUUAAUGUUACACUCCAACGUCGUUACAAAAACGUCUGUACAUGUGCAUAUACAUACGUGCAUAUAUGUAUAUAUACAUGUAUUAUAUAUAUAGAUGCUUUUUGUCAUGAGUUGAAAGUUUUUAUUAAGUAUUUAUUGAAAAAAAAACAACCCACUCUUUUCCCUGUUGUCCCUUUUGAGUCUUCUUGAACCUGUGUCCCUCCCCCUCCCUAUUUCCAGCCAAUGGGCAAGCUGCUUUGAAUGUUGGGAGAAAACUUUGGUGAUAUUGUUUAGUGUUUGUUUAUGUUUGUUUUUACUUUACACAAAGGACGUGACACUAGCCUAGCACCUCCCAUAGCCUUGUAGCCCCGUCUGACCCAAACUAACAACCUUAGCAGUGGUCUUUUCCGAGGCGCACUCCCUCCACUAUUCUAAUGGUCAAUCCCAGUCUUAUAUGCUGCUGAUAGUUUGUAAUGUUAAGUUUGUCACACUAGUAUUUACACUCCCUCGUUCGUUCUCCCCCUCUCUAUUUCUCUCAGUCCGGCGACAGAGCUCAAUCUUUUUUGUUGUGCCUUUGUUUGUGAACCAGGCAUUGCACAGGGGGGGAUGGAAACAGUUGCAGAUACACACAGAGAGGAGACCUGGAGCACAAGUUGUACCACCUAAUAAUGGCAGUGUUUACAGCCCGCACACCAAAAUAACUUGCGCUAACAAGAACCAGUUUGGGUCACUGAGAACGACUUCUUGUGGAAGUCAGCUAGCGUGUCAAAAAACACACAAAAAAGAGAAAAAAAAGUGAACAUUGAAGAAUUAUGGCUCCGAUAUCCUUUGAAUGUUGUUACAGUAACAUCGUAUAUAGCAGAGCUCCUGUAUACAUUGUAAUUAUGCAUUCUGAAGUAUGGAUACUGACACAUGUGAUGCACACGUAGAGUACGCACACACAUACACACACACACACACACACACACACACACACACAAACAGUACACACACACUAUCGCUGGUGUUUUAUGAGUACAGCACCUGUGCCUACAUGGAUGCCAUACCAUGUGCUACCCUGUUUCAGGGUUUUAAUAUAUAUCCCUUGGUUUUCAGAAGGGUUUUAUGUUGAAAAGAUAUUUUUAUGCUUUUAAUAAUAUCCUGUAAUCAUGUUUUUUU